CUCUUUUCUUCCAACUACGAACUAAGCUUAUUUUUCUUCUUCAUGAAAGAAAAUGGCUGGAGUUGAAGGAGGAAUCAUUUAGCGGCGGUUUUGCCCUUCAUCCUUCCUUCCUUAUGCUAUAGGAAAGACGACGAAAUGGUGUUCAAGAACAAGCUAUUCUUCUCUUCUAAGAAAUCGGCUUCUUCUAGUCCCGAUGGAUCCAACAGCCCUCGUUCCGCUUCCAAUUCCCCGAUCCGAUCCGACAAGAAAAAACCCAAAGCUUCACUCACCACCUCUGAUUCCCAACAGAUCCCCAAUCCACCCUCCUCUUUCAGUCCCAGGAAAAUCCAAGUCAAACCCAAAGAACCCCAAACCCCUGCUGCUACUGCUAAGCCCUCCUUUUCUACCCCCAAGACCAAGGACGGGCCUUCUUCCGUCUCCCCUCUGCUGGCCUCUUCCUUGGGCUUGAAUCGGAUUAAGACCCGAUCCGGUCCCUUGCCCCAGGAGAGUUUUUUCAGUUUCAGAGGGGAGAAAAGUGCCUCUGCUUCAGUGCUUGGAGCUAGUAACUUGUCCAGGCCGGGGGGUUCAACUAGCUCUGGGGACAGUGCUAACUCCGGGAAGAAAGAUGUGUUGAACCAGAGGUUACUGCAAGAAACUUUGCUUGACUACGCGAGCAAUUCGGAUAGUAUGUCAACUGGAAGUGCUGGUGCUGGAUGGCACUCUAGAGAGCAGAGCCCUAGUGUACAAGGGAAGUCCCAGUUGCAGAAUGGGGAAUCAUCCUCCGGAGCUGGUACUGGGCGACACGAAUCACCAUGGGGCCACUCUGGAGGCUUAAAAAGUUCUGAUUUUCGUACACCAGAGACUUCAUAUGACUGUGAAAACUCCAAGGAGUCUGAAUCCCCCCGUUUUCAAGCUAUUCUUCGUCUUACAAGUGGGCCUCAAAAGAGGUUUCCUGCUGAUAUUAAGAGCUUUUCCCAUGAAUUAAAUUCGAAAGGAGUGCGGCCUUUCCCAUUUUGGAAACCUAAACGCUUAAACAACUUGGAGGAAAUUGUGGUUGUCAUUCGGGCAAAAUUUGAAAAAGCAAAAGAGGAAGUGAACUCUGAUUUGGCUAUUUUUGCCGCAGAUCUGGUUGGAAUUCUCGAAAAAAAUUCUGAAAGUCAUCCCGAGUGGCAGGAAACUAUUGAGGAUUUACUGGUUCUGGCUCGAAGCUGUGCUAUAGCACCACCUGGAGAGUUUUGGCUUCAGUGUGAAGGCAUUGUUCAGGAGCUAGAUGAUAAGCGUCAGGAACUUCCUCCAGGAAUGCUGAAGCAGCUGUAUACUCGGAUGCUUUUCAUUCUCACAAGGUGUACAAGAUUGUUGCAGUUCCACAAAGAAAGUGGGCUGGCCGAGGAUGAACCGGUGAUACAGCUUCGCCAAUCUAGACUCCUGCAUCCUGCAGACAAGAGAACUUCCUCAGGGCUCCUAAGAGAAGCUAAAAGUUUGAGUGCGUCAAAGGCUUCAAAAGCCUCCUCAUCUAAGAAAUCUUAUAGUCAGGAGCAACAUGCCUUAGAUUGGAGGAAGGACCAUGUUGUACUGCCAGGAAGUUUGAUCGCUCCCAUUGACGAGACUGAAAAGAACAUUGAAUCUUCUGCAAGCAGAGAUAGGAUAACUUCCUGGAAGAAACUCCCUUCUCCUGCCAAAAAAAGUCCAAAGGAAGUAACUGCUUCCAAGGAGCAGAAUAAUAGUAUGGUUGAAACCUGGAAAAAAACAGGAGCUUCUGAUGUAGAUCUGACUGCUGUUAAGCUUCAGGAGCCUCCUCCUGCAAAAGAAUCUCAAGAACAUUCUUCUAAGCAUCAGCACAAAAUUUCUUGGGGUUAUUGGGGAGACCAACCGACUGUUUCUGAAGAAAAUUCUAUAAUAUGUCGCAUUUGUGAGGAGGAGGUUCCCACCUCAAAAGUGGAAGAUCACUCAAGAAUAUGUGCUGUUGCUGAUUGUUGCGAUCAGAAGGGCUUAAGUGUUGAUGAACGUCUUGUAAGAAUUGCUGAAAUGCUUGAAAAGAUGACAGACUUAUUUGCUAAUAAGGAUACACAACACUCAGGGAGCCCAGAUGUUGCUAAAAUAUCAAAUUCGAGUGUGACUGAGGAAUCUGAUGUUCUAUCUCCUAAACUAAGUGACCGGUCCAGGAGAGGUUCAGAAGACAUGCUUGAUUGUUUUCCGGAAGUGGAUAAUUCAGUUCUUAUGGAUGACCUUAAGGGUUUUCCAUCAAUGUCAUGUAAAACUCGCUUUGGUCCGAAAUCUGAUCAAGGAAUGACAACAUCAUCUGCUGGAAGCAUGACUCCUAGAUCCCCUUUAUUGACACCAAAAAAUAGUCAGACAGACUUGUUAGUGUCAGGCAAGGGUACCUUUUCUGAGCAAGAAGAUCUCCCACAGAUGAAUGAACUUGCUGAUAUUGCCAGAUGUGUAGCAAAUACACCAUCCGUUGAUGAUCGUUCGGUGCCAUAUUUGCUGACUUGUCUUGAAGACUUGAGACUUGUCAUAGAUCGCAGAAAAUUUGAUGCACUCACAGUAGAAACAUUUGGUGCACGCAUUGAGAAGCUUAUAAGGGAGAAGUACUUGCAGUUUUGUGAGCUAGUCGAGGAUGAAAAGGUUGAUAUAACAAGCACUGCCAUUGAUGAGGAUGCUCCUUUAGAGGACGAUGUGGUUCGUAGUUUGAGAACUAGCCCCAUUCAUUCAUCUAAGGACCGUACCUCCAUAGAUGACUUUGAGAUAAUAAAACCAAUUAGCCGUGGAGCAUUUGGGCGCGUUUUCUUAGCAAAAAAGAGGACAACAGGGGAUCUUUUUGCAAUAAAGGUGCUAAAGAAGGCAGAUAUGAUUCGCAAGAAUGCAGUUGAAAGUAUAUUAGCAGAGCGUGACAUUUUGAUUUCAGUCCGCAACCCAUUUGUGGUUCGCUUCUUCUAUUCAUUUACAUGCCGUGAGAACUUGUAUCUUGUGAUGGAAUAUUUAAAUGGAGGUGAUUUAUAUUCAUUGUUGAGAAAUUUAGGCUGUUUGGAUGAAGAGGUUGCCCGUGUAUACAUUGCAGAACUUGUACUCGCCUUGGAGUAUUUACAUUCUUUGCACGUGGUUCAUCGUGAUUUGAAGCCUGAUAAUUUGUUGAUUGCACAUGAUGGUCAUAUCAAGUUGACAGAUUUUGGGCUAUCAAAGGUUGGUCUCAUCAACAGUACUGAUGACUUGUCUGGUCCAGCAGUUAGCGGAACAUCUCUACUUGAUGAUGAGCAGCCUCAGUUAUGUGCAUCUGAGCAUCAGCACAAGAGGCGGAAGAAACGUUCUGCUGUUGGUACACCUGACUAUUUGGCGCCUGAGAUUCUUUUGGGAACAGGACAUGGUGCAACAGCAGAUUGGUGGUCCGUAGGUGUCAUUUUAUUUGAAAUGAUUGUUGGAAUUCCACCCUUCAAUGCAGAGCAUCCACAGAUAAUAUUUGAUAAUAUUCUCAACCGUAAAAUACCUUGGCCACGGGCACCAGAAGAAAUAAGCCUGGAAGCAAAAGAUCUAAUUGAUGGACUGUUGACUGAAGAUCCUCAACAGAGACUUGGAUCCAGAGGAGCAUCCGAGGUGAAGCAACAUGUAUUUUUCAAAGAUAUCAAUUGGGACACACUUGCAAGGCAGAAGGCUGCCUUUGUUCCCAGUUCAGAGAGUGCGCUUGAUACUAGUUACUUUACAAGUCGUUACUCAUGGAAUACUUCAAAUGAGCAUGCAUAUCCAGGUAGUGAAUUUGAUGAUUCAAGUGAUGCUGACAGCUUAAGCGGUAGUAGUAGUUGCCUGAGCAACCGCCAAGAGGAAGUGCAGGGAGAUGAAUUUGGAGGUCUUGCUGAAUUUGAGUCCGGUUCAUCUGUCAAUUAUUCUUUCAGUAAUUUCUCAUUUAAGAAUCUGUCCCAGCUGGCAUCAAUUAACUAUGAACUACUUUCUAAAGGGUGGAAGGACGAUCUUCCAGCUAAUUCUAAUGCAUAGGAAGAUCCUCAAUAUCUUUGGGAGAGCCUGGGAUAUUUGUUUUGGACAUUGAUGUGUUGCUUGUAUACCCUGUACAUAGAUAGAAGAAAACUUGGGAUUGAAACUGCUGCUUGGGGGAUGUGCUUGGUUUUUUUUUAUGGGUAAAAGGCUCUAUUAUCUACACUGAGGGGGAUUUGAAAUUAUGAGUUGAGUUGAGCAGCUGCUUUUGACUCGGAGAACCUACCUUUAAUAUAAUGUAAUGUAACCCAGCUGCAGUUUGAGUUAUAUUGUUUUGGGCUUCCUUUUAUUGUUAU